AUGGAUCGAGUCAGAAAGGCAGCUGAAGUGUCAGACGGACAUCAUGGAUUUGUGAUGAGUCACAGUUACGCGGGUGGUACUGGCUCCGGUUUAACUGGUCUUAUAAUGCGAAGCUUACACGAUGAUUUCAUCAAGCCGGAAGUUGUUCAAGUGCCCAUUUAUCCUUCUCCACAGACCUCCAAUACGGUGGUUGAGCCCUACAAUACAGUAAUGCAUCUCGACCAAUCUCUACUAUUCUCCGGUCUGGCCGUCAAUAUGGACAACGAGGCAAUCGGUGAUAUCUGUCGCCGCCAGUUAAUGCAUUUACAGCCAACCUUCACUGUCAUGAACCAAGUGAUCGCCCUGAUCACCAGCUCCAUGUUCAGUCCGAUCCGAUAUCAGAACACUCAAGUUGCCAGUCUGGCUGAGAUCUCCACCAACCUGGUGCCGUUUCCUCGAAUUCAUUUCCCUGUUGUUCGCCAUGUUCCUCUUCUGCACACCUCGAAGCUUACACACCAUAAAAUGAAUGUCGAACGCUUGACAAAUGAUGUUCUCAGUUAUAAGGAGCAGACUGUCAAAUGUGACUUGAUGCAAGGGAAAUUCAUGGCUUGCAUGCUAACCUACCGAGGCCUGGUGAGCCUGCGUUUGGUCAACAAGGCUGUCAACAACCUAAAGAGCAUGGCACACAUGGACUUUGUUGAGUGGUGUCCCACUGGAUUCAAA